AUGGUGUCAGGUGACGGUUUUGGUGACGGUGUCAGGACGUUCUCCGCUUGUGCCUCCACGGUGGACCUGGCCCCGUUCCGAGCGGGCUGUGCCUACGACCACUGCGUCGCCAACCGCCCGCCCGUCGACUGCUCCAGUGCUCAGGUGGCCGCCGCCGAGUGCGGCCGCGCCGGCGCCUGCGUCGACUGGAGGCCCCGGGCCGCCGGGAGAUGCCCAUUCAUUUGCCCAGGCAACAUGAUCUACAAACCGUGCGAAACGAAGAUCAGCACCGUGUGCGGGAUGGACAGCUUCGACAAGAAUAGCUCCUGGGUUGGUGAAGGCUGCUUCUGCCCGGAUGGAGCCAAACUCUUGGAACCUGGCUCCAGUACUUGCGUGAGCAAGUGUCCAGAAUGCUGGACGGAGAGCAAGCAGCCCAAAUACGUGGGAGACUCGUGGCUUGAGGGCUGCGAGCAGAAGGAGUGCCUGGAGGGCGGCCGCGUGCUGGCGAGCGCCGUGCCCUGCCAGGACGAGGCGGCGAACUCCCGAUGCCCGCCCGGAGUUCGCCUCAUGCCAGCGCCGCCGGUGCCCCUCCUGCCCGGCGCCAUCGGCAGGGCCCCCACGUGCUGCCCUCCCCUGCAGUGCGAUGCCUGCGUCCACAAGGGCGUCUACCACCAGGUUGGCGAGCGCUGGAACGACACGGCCAGCCGCUGCGUCCUCUUCUCCUGCGGCCUGGUGGGCGGGCGAGCCGCCGUGCACGAGGCCAUCACCAGCUGCUCGCCGUUCAACUUCGACCACUGCGAGGACUCAGCCGAGGUGGUCUACGACGCCCAGGGCUGCUGCCCCGUGUCGUGCCAGCCCCGGGCGGGGCCCGGGGACUCCCCGCGGUGCCGCACGUUCAAGACGCUGGAGAUCGUCCGCGUGGGGUCCUGCAACAGCUCCGAGCUCGAGCUGGGCCAUUGCAGCGGCACCUGCCAGUCCUCGACCAGGCUGGACCAUGCCCGGCGCUCCGUCGUUCGAGCCUGCAGCUGCUGCAGGGAGAGUUUGGUGGAGCAGCGGAGCGCCACUCUACGCUGUGACGAUGGCACCACCAGGAGCUACGCCUAUGACUUUGUGAGGGCCUGCUCCUGCCUGGCCCUGUGCUGACCGCGGUGACGGUGACGAUGAGGGUGGUGGUGGUGACAGUGGUGGUGGUGGAGACAGUGGUGGUGGUGGU